AACAAAUUUUGAAAUUUUGAAUUUCAAAAUUCAAAAAAUAUAGAAGCAGGGUAACUUCCACUGCAUUCUACCGUUUUGUUCUUACCAAAGUCACCUUUCACUUCUUUUUUUUUCCUUAAUCGUCUUCAUCCCACUAUUUCUUCAUAACUUUGAAUCUUCUCAACCCAGCAGAUUUUUCUAUUUUCUUCUUUUUAUUCUUAAUCCAUAUUCGACUAUUUCUUCCUAAUAUUGAAUCGUAAGAACCCAGACCCUUUUUAUAGUUAAUCCAUCAUCAAUUCGUAUAUUCUUCUCUUUUUCGUUUUUGUUAAUUGUUCUAUUACUUCAUAGUAAUGGAUCCGUCAAUUAAUAGAAGGAUAUAUGAUUCCGAUGAUGAUAAUUGGAAAGAAAAUAGGAAAAAGUCUUUGCAUGAUCCUAUGAAUCUUCAAAAGGAUUCAAACAAAGACCAUGGCGAAACAUCAAAGGUUGUAAAAAUACAACAAAAAAGGAAAAAAGAAGCAGCAAACACUGUUGUUAGGCCUACAUUGUCUCGGCCACUGAAGUACAAGAUUAAAAAGAUACCAACACAUCCCAUAAGGUUUGCUGUCAAUUUUAACAACAAUUUCCUAAAGGACUUUGAAAAAUACAUAGGGGAGAAUGUUAUCCAAAUGUUUAAGUAUACAAUUUUUGGACCCUUUUUAGACAUUUCUAAAUGUAAUUUUCAGGGCCAAAUAACUAAGUGCUUAUUGCUUUUAGAAUUGGAACAAAGCAACCCUAAUGUGUUGCAUAUUAGACAUUCCAACGGGUGUGUCCUGAAAUUUGGUAUAGAUGAAUUUGCAUUAUUAACAGGACUUAAGGUCAGAGGAAAUACCAAUGAUUUCAAAUACCCAGAACAAACUAAUUGUAUGCUUUUUCAAAAGUAUUUCCCUGGUGCAGUCAAUAGUGUUACAAAGCAUCAACUAGUUCAAAGGUUUAAGAUGGGUAAUUGGGAGAGCAAUCAGGAUGCACUCCAAAUGUCUAUACUGUUCUUUAUUCGUACAUUUGUAUUAGCUACUAUUGAUAACACAGCGAUAUCUAUUGUCGACUUUCUAAUGGUUGAAGAUGGUAGAUAUCAACAUUUUCCUUGGGGUCAGCUAUCAUUUUCCAAACUAAUUGGUUCACUUAGACAGGAUUUUGACGUUAGUAAAAAGUUGUACCGAUUAUAUGGGAUGCCAUAUGCACUAAAUGUUUGGAUAUACGAAUGUGCAUCCAAUUUAAAUUCAGAAAUAGCUGUGAGAGAACGCAAUGUCAUCCCAAGAAUAUGCAAUUGGAGAGUUGUGUCUGAAAAGGCAAAGUUUGAAAUGCUUAUGUCCACCAUUUUCCAAAAGAAUGCAUGUUCAAACAUUGUCCCAACAGCAGAGGAAAUUGAAGCUUUUGAUAUUGCUCAAGUUGAACAUGCUCAUUCUACAUCAAUACCAUUAGUACAACCAAACGAGGAAGAUGAUUUAGAUGAUUUCUCCACAAAACCGCCCGAACAGUUAUUGAGGACAUAUUCUAGAGUGUCUGAUACAUCUCCUCCACCACCGCCAAAAAGAAGAAAAAAAUCGAUUAUUCAAAAAAAGAAGGUGUCAGAACAGAACCAGCCUGAUCAAUCAAAUGUGUCUCCGACACCGGAUGAUGAUGUACAUGUUUCCAUGUCAAGUCUGCCUCAACAUUCGAAUGCUGAUGAUGUACAUGGUUCUGUUCCACAAGUGUCACCGAAAUCGGCUGCUGAUGUACAUGGUUCUGUUCCAGACGUUUCUCAGAACCCGGCUGCUGAUGUUCAUGGAUAUGCAGAUUCACAGAAUGUCAACAAUAUAAUUCCUCAUAUUGAAGAGUUGAAAGGACAUUUGAAAACUUACGUUGACAAGAAAUUUGAGGAACUGAUUAUUUUGAUAAAAGCAAAUCACUCCCAGCUGAUGCAAUCUAUUAGCAAAGAGAACAUCAAUUUUCAGGCUGAUACAAGCACAUUUCAGUCUGACAAACAAACAUCUCAGCAAAUACCAGUUGAUCUCGAUGAUAUGGGUGGUGUAGCUGAGGAUGGUGGUGGUUUUUCUGGUAAAAAUGGUGAGCAUCAUAUCGUCGACGAUGCAGGGGAUGUCGAUGUGGAUGGUGUUGGUGUUUCCGUAAAUGAGGGUGAACAAAUAGUCAGUGAUAAUCCAAAGGAUGGUGACGCACAUCAGUCGCACCAAGAUUUAAAUGAACAUAUCAUGGACCAAGCCGUUGAUGACAAUGUUCAGCACAACAUCCCUCAUGUGUUGCCCGAAAAAACAACAACGGAUUCAUCGGAUUCUUCAACUUCAACAACAAUAUCGCCAUCAACUCAAGCAGCAAUAGAUGCGCUUAUCAAAGAUUUGGGUAAAGAUGCUACCAAUGCUAGACCAUUAUAUUCUUACGAUCCGCAGAAUAUAACUAGCAGCCAGUACUUGUUGACCGACAGUCAAUUACCCACUGAUAUUCCAAUAACGGAGAUUGCUGUUAAAACUGAUGCAGUCACUCCUGCGCAUAGAAAUAGAAUGCCUUCGAGAAGGAUUCAAUCUCCAUAUUGUACUUCUUUUGGGUCAAGCGAAAAGGGAAAAGAGAAAUUGAAGGAUAUGACUCGACUCCAUUUCCCGUUCGAAGGAUGUGGCAUUGCAGAUAAAGUUUCGCCGAAACUUAUUGAGGAUUACAUGAAUUGGUUGUUGAGGGGGCUUCUAAAAAAUCAUAACAAUAAGAACCCAUCGGACGAUAAAUACAGAUCAAGAUCUUCUUCUUUUGGAUUUACGAUGAUGGACUUUGUUGUUGCUUUUCCAAUGAACAAGAAUUGGUUUUAUGCCAUGUCACAGCCAAACAAAUGUUGGUCUGAUGAGCACAUCGAUGUGAUUUUUUACUACCUUCGUAAAAAAUCAAAACUUUGCAGCAUGGAUCAAUACAGAUACACAACAACCCACUGUUUGUUCAUGUCACAUGUAAAAAACUGUUAUGAUAGAUAUUACAUGGACGAUGAUGAUGAUAGUCUUACUACACAAGAACAUAUUGAUCGCGCUUCAGUUGUAUCUGUACAUGAGAGGUCAAUAAUUAACAUCAUCAAAGGGUUUGGAAUACCAGCUGCUUUACCAUGGCAUCUUGUAGAUGAGGUCUACAUCCCAAUUAACUGUGAUCAAGAAUUCCAUUGGGUGUUGGCUGUUGUUGAGUUGAAAAACAGGUUGAUAAGGGUUUUUGACUCAUCAAUUAGCACAAGGAAACAAACAAUUCCUCAUGAGAUCAAGAUGUUGUCUAAAAUGCUUCCUUCAUACCUACUUGACAGUGGAUUUUUUGAAGAAAAUGAACGCACAAAAUUUGCUGAUUGUCAUGCAUAUAAAGACAACAAUAGUGGCUCACUUCUGGAGCCUCAAGUUCCUUUCAUGAUAGAAUUUGCACAAGACAUCCCUACACAGGAUUGCGAUAGCCUAGACUGUGGGUUAUAUGUUACUGCAUUUGCCGAGUAUAUCAGUGACCAAAUCAAUAUAUCAUAUGCUGAUUUUAAUCCUGAUUACCUGCGUCAAAGAUAUGGAGCAUUGCUGUGGAGUUAUGGAAGUGAGAAGGCUAAGUGCGGAUAUGUUAGCGACAAUGAUGAUCCACCAAAAUCCAGGGGCGUAGUCACACCACCACCAGAAGAAGAUUUAGUUCACAUAGUGUAGCAUUUCAUGAUAAAACAAUGUUUUAAUGUUAUAUUUAUUAUUUUUAUAUGUUAUUGAACAACUAUUUUUAUCCUUUUUAA